CUCUUUAGAGCCACGUGGUUGAGAGUUACUCACGUGGUAUUGAUGUUCUAUAAAUGGAAAUAUGUGGUGAAAUGUGUGGCAACUAAAAAAGAUCUUUAAUUAAUUAAUUGAAAGCAAGUCCUCUGUACUCUCUCUGUUGUGAGAAAAGUUUAGAAAUGGCGUCAGCUGGUAUCGAACAAGCAGCAUUGCUGUACCAACAGUUAGAAAGUGCCUGGAACUCGGGCAAUAUUGGAGUUGUGGGUCAACUCCUCCCUCAAAUGAAAAUAAUCCUCUUAAAUCUAUCGUUUCUACCUAGUUCGUCACAAUCCGGGAACCUGGACCAGAGGGAAUUGAUUUUGGCUCGAAAUACUCUAGAAAUCGGCGCAUUAUGGAGUAUACAAAGCAAAGAGAUACCUUCAUUUCAACGCUAUGUGGCCCAGUUGAAAUGUUACUACUACGACUAUGACUCCCUACUCCAAGAAUCACCGUUCAAGUACCAGAUACUAGGAUUGAAUCUUCUCUGUCUACUGGCUGAAAAUCGUCUCGCCGAAUUUCAUACUGAAAUGGAACUGCUUUCUGUUGAAGAACAGAAGAAUAUGUACAUCAAGUAUCCCAUUCGCCUCGAGCAGUUUCUAAUGGAGGGAAGUUUCCACAAAGUGUUUCUCGAUAAAGGCAAUGUUCCCGCAGAGAAUUACAGCUUCUUCAUUGACAUCUUGAUAAAUACAAUGAGAGACGAGAUUGCUUCUUGUGCUGAGAAGGCUUAUGCACAGCUCUCUGUUGGUGAGGCCACCAAGACGUUGAUGAUUGAGAGUCAUGCUCUACUCAUGGAGUAUGCUGCCAAGAGAGGCUGGAAACAAGACCCCACUGGGCAGUGCUUCCUGUUUGCCAAAGACGAGACAAAAGAAGAUCUCCAUUUUGUUAGAAACAAUGAACUCAUUUCUCAAGCUUUAGGUUAUGCCCGAGAACUAGAGAAAAUUGUAUAGUCAUUUAUCAAUAUGCUGAUUGUCUCUGUAACCUUUUCUGUAUGACAAACAAUAAUAUUAUAUCAAAGUUGA